AUGCCUACGAUGCGCUUUCUCUGCCUUCCCGGUGCCUAUGGCAGCUCGGACAAAUUCCAAGUACAACUUGCUCCCAUCCUGAAGGAGCUUUCUGAGGACGGCACGGCACAGUUCCACUUCAUUCAUGGCCCUUGCAAGGCCGUCCCGCCUCCGGGCUUUGAGGACUACUUCGGCGCCCCGCCUUACUACCGCUUCAUCGAGCCCGACAAGGACGUCGAGAAGACUCACAGCGACGACGUUCUCGCCCGCAUCCGCGACUUCCCCCAGUGCGAGAGCCCGGAAGACACCAUGAGAGAACUCAUGAGGGAGGGUAUCGCGACGACGCAUCGCAGCACCGACAGGGCUAUCAAGUACAUCAGCGAGAUUGUCCAGAAGCGCGGCCCCUUUGACGGCAUCAUCGGCUACUCCGAGGGCGCCACCGUGGCCUCGACAUUCAUGCUGUACGAGCAGCGCCGGCUGAAGCGCUCCGGCCAAAAGCCGGCCUUCAAGUACGGCAUCUUCUUCGCCGGCUGGCCCCCGGUUGACCCCAAGUCCCACGCUCUCGUAUUGUCUGACGAGUCCGACGAAAGGAUCGAGGCCCGGACCCUUCACAUCAUCGGAUCCCUGGAUCCUUACGUGGACGGCUCCAUGGCUCUGUACAACAUGUGCGACGCUGACACCGCCUACCUGUUCGACCACGCCAAGGGUCACACCCUUCCCCGUGACAAGGACACGAUCAAGGAGCUUGGCGACAUUGUCCGCGAGACGAAGGCUGACAUGAUCGAGGAGGGUCUGCUGCAAUAG